AUGAGCAACAUGUUUUCAUUCAUCCUUUUGCUAUUCACGCUUGCCUUAUGGCACACGACCAACGCGGUCUCUAUUCAAGAUUUCCUUUUCAGCCCUUCUAAUGUGGGAGACGUGUUGCCCAAGAUUCCACUUAACUUUCUCGGUGGUAUUGCUGUGGCAGAAUUCUCGGUCGGUACCCCACCACAAAACUUCACCGGCAUAUUUGACACCGAAUCGCCUUUUACAUGGAUGAUGUCCACCGAGUGUACUUCUGAUGCAUGUGCCAAUGUCCCAAUCAAAGACAAGUUCGAUCAUAGUGCAUCAAGCACCAAUAUCCAGUUGCCAGUACAACUCGAUUGGAAUUAUCCUGAUGGUACUCAUAUCGAGUUUACGCCUGAACUUGACACUGUAACGCUUGCAGAGACAAUCCCAUUUCCUCGACAUAUAGUUGGCGAUGCAUCGAAGGUUACAUACCCUGCAGGAUACGUGCCAGUGGCAAAUGCACGCAUUGGAGCAGGUGGCUAUCGUAAUGAUUUAUUGGAUUUAGACCCGACCAAGGGCAAGGGUCUCCCAUCGGGUCCAAAUGGUGUACCAGGCACUGGUGCUGGCACCAUGAAGCCACCAUUUCGACGAGCAGCUUCUGAUGAUCAUUUUUCCACGGGACGUCUCAUGUCAGGCUCUGGAGGUUUUCGUAAACGAGGACCACCAAAUGCAGUGGGAGAGUUUGCAUGGGUGCUGGGUAGCGAUCCAAGCAUGUACACUGGCCAGCUCUACCCACUUGAUUUAACACACAACCUUGAAACGGAUGGAUCACCAUUUUGGAAGGUGCCGCUAAAGGGUCUUUCAUUGUCGCACUCACACAGCAAGGAGCAAUUUUUUGGGUUUAACAACAAAGUGGAUAACGAGAAUGAAGACAAUGGCAUUGGAUCAGUGGUAUCAAGCACGCCUUAUAUCAAAGUGCCACCAGCCAUGGCCGAUGCUAUUAAUAAGGCAUUGGGUGCAACAGAAAAAGAUCCUAAUACGGGUGUCUAUACGAUUCAUUGUGAUGCACGACACAAUGCUCCAUCGCUCAUUGUUCAUUUUUCUCAAGACGUGGAUGCCAAAAUCCCUGCUCAGCAAUACAUCAACCAAUACGAGCAUGUGCCUGCAGGCAAGCAUACCCAUGGAUGCUUUUCAACCAUUGUACCUGGCAACGAUGACCGUACUGUCACUCUUGGUGGGCCAUUCUUCCGCUCCUAUUAUAUUGAGUACAGCUUCCUAGAGCAAAAGAUCUUUGUUGCUGAAAGCAUCGCACACAUUGGAGCUAUUUAUCCUAGCAAGGGUGAAGAAGGUAGUCAUUCUCAACACCCAUCCACAGCAGAUAGUACUACUAGUAAUCAACAACCUCCAGCACAACCUUAA